CAACUUAAUAUUUAAUACUCAAGUACUACAAGUUAGCAUGUUGUUUCUGUUUGCGCUUGUAAGUCUGGUGUGUACCUUUGUUUGUGCAGUCCAACUCAAUGAGACCGACUAUGAAGGUUCUUUGAAUACGCUUGUGAACGGUCUUGCAGACGAAACUUAUGGAGACGAAGGUAUUAUAAGCCAUACGGGUGUUUACGAGAGCUUGUACAAGGAUGACUUGAGCCAGUUCAACUAUACCAUGGAUUUUAUGUCUGGAGACAAUUAUGGAAAAGUGGAGGCUCUAUUGAAUUUAGCAUCUAAAGCUAAUGACAAGGGUUUCGUUGGAGAUCUUAUAUACCUAGCUCAUUUUGCAUCUGCCGGCGGUUAUAAUGGGUAUAUGCAGUUGAAUGAUGAAUCUAGUUUCGCUAAAGAUUUGCUUGGUUUUUGCGAGAACGAUGCGACAAUCUUUACAAAGCUUAGCCAGUCUAGCUCGAAUAAAAAACUGCAAGACUUCUUCGAAAGUUUGGUCUCUCCAGAAUCGGAUGCUUCCUCCAACAACAAACUGGGGAAGCGUUACGAUGGUACUUAUACCUGCAACACUAAACAUACUGCAUCAAGAGAAUCCUGCUCUUUAUUGUACGGUUAUUUAUCAAGAAGUACUUGGACUAUUUCAGGAGGGCCUCGUGCUGCUUGCUACUCCGGUUGCUGUGUCUCUUGGAGUAUGAAAGCUCCUGCACAAGCAACUGAAUUGGCCCCACGAGUUAACACUUGUUUGCAAACCUGCCCAAACCCGACAUUCAGCUGUAUUAACCGUGACGUUGUCAUUGGCAAUGUAUAUGGAGUAGAUGUUUGUGUCAGUGGAAGGACUCAAUUUUGCCAUUAGACUCAGAAAAGGAGUCGUCGUUUUUGGAAACUUUUUGGAACAAUGGAAAAAUCUCCGUCAGUGCUGUAAUAAAAGUAAUUAAUGGGCAACCGAGUAAAUUUUUCCUUCCUGUUGUUCGAACCUAUGCUAUGAAAAAUAAUUCCUCUAAUGAAUAUAGCCAAAAGUUUGACAGGUAUAUCUCUUUACUCGCAAAUCAUACGUACUAUAUGCAUAUAUAGAGACGUGAUCGUCCUUAUUGCAACUUGU